AUGGCAAUUGUCGCGAAUUUGACAACUUUCAUCCGUCCAAGGGAUAGCUUGGACUCCGAGCCAGGACAGGAGGACGCAGCCGGACAAGAGGACCCAGCAUUGGCGACUCGCUUGUUUGUGGGGUAUACAUUGAAGAGAGUUGUAGAUGUAUAUGUCUCGCAGGUUGCUGCCACCGUUAGUCCCGAGCCCGCCACGGAAAGCAAGGAGGGUUCAAAUGAUGUGAAAAACAAGAAGUGA